AUGGGAGAUCACGUAUUUUUGAGAGUAGCACCGCUUAGAGGAGCUAUGAGAUUUGAGAAAAAGGGUAAGCCGAGCCCUAGAUUUAUUGGCCCAUUCAAGAUACUUGAGAGAGUGGGUCCAGCUGCUUACAGGUUAGCUUUAUUAUCAGUUUUAUCCAAGAUUCACGACAUGUUUCAUGUUUCUAUGCUAAGGAAAUAUGUCCAAGAUCUUUCCCACGUGGUUAGCUAUGAGGAGGUAAAGCUCAAAGAUACUUUAUCAUAUGACGAAACACCAGUACAGAUUCUAGAUAAAAAAGAACAGGAGUCGCGCACCAAGAAAAUUCCACUAGUAGAAGUCCUGUGGAGGAAUCGUGCAAAAGAGAAAACUUCAUUGGAACUUGAGGAGGAGAUACGACAGAAGUACCCACAUUUGUUCAGUGGGGAUCAGCACUAG